UCUUGUGCUUGGGUAUUUGGGUUCUCUAAUUAGUGUAACUUCUGUGACAUCAGCUGAUUUUGAAACUUAAAGGCAAAAAGUAGAAUUGGAAAAAAAAGAAAAAAAGCCAACCAAACCCCCAACAACCGAGAAGGAGAAGUCUACAAAAUUUCCAUUGUUCCUGAAGAACGUGACCAUCUCUUUGUGUGGAAAUGGGGAACAUGGAUGGGAAAUCCGUGGAAGAACUGAGUGCCACCGAGUGCCACCAAUGGUACAAGAAGUUCAUGACGGAGUGUCCCUCGGGUCAGCUCACCCUGCAUGAGUUCAAGCAGUUUUUUGGUUUGAAAAAUCUGAGUCCAGCAUCAAACAAAUACAUUGAGCAAAUGUUUGAGACAUUUGACUUUAAUAAGGAUGGCUACAUUGAUUUUAUGGAAUACGUGGCAGCUCUGAGCCUGGUCUUGAAAGGAAAAGUGGAACAGAAGCUGAGAUGGUAUUUCAAGCUCUAUGAUGUGGAUGGGAAUGGCUGCAUCGACAGAGGAGAAUUAUUGAAUAUCAUCAAGGCUAUUCGAGCCAUUAACCGAUGUAACGAAAAAAUGACCGCUGAGGAAUUCACAGACAUGGUGUUUGAUAAAAUCGAUAUCAACGGAGAUGGCGAGCUCUCCUUGGAGGAGUUCAUGGAGGGAGUACAGAAGGACGAGGUGCUCCUUGAAAUCCUCACCCGGAGCUUGGACCUGACGCACAUUGUCCGGAUGAUCCAGAAUGAUGGGAAGAACCCGCAGGGCUCGGAGCAGACGGAAGGGGCGGCUGAAUAG